CUGUCAAAGCUGUAUAUUAUCCGGGCAAACUUGGCCGUUUACAAACAAAAGUUUCAAACGUCGUGUGACGAAGUGAAGCGAACUGCUCAUUCGAGUGCUGUGAACAAGUGGUUCGGACGAACCACGUACGUACGUACAACGUGUUCCAUUACUGAUGGAUGAUGACACGAUUGGUUUUGGGGAGGAAGAUCCCGCGCAAACCACACAGAAACUUAGGCAUCCAUACGUCACAACAUUUCACCUGCUGUUUAGAGCUUUGGCAAUAGUGACCUAUAUGUUAUGCGGUUGGUUUUCCAGCAGUUUCAUAGGAAGUUUUGUCACUGUUGUGUUAUUGCUCUCCAUGGAUUUUUGGACCGUCAAGAAUAUAACUGGAAGAUUAAUGGUUGGAUUACGAUGGUGGAAUUAUGUAGAUGACAAUGGAAAAAAUCAUUGGGUCUUUGAGUCAAGAAAGGGCAUGCAGCAGAAUCGGCUUAGCACAGAUGAAGUUAGGAUAUUCUGGCUGGCUUUGAUACUGUGUCCUCUCACCUGGUCCAUCUUCUUUGUGGUUGCCCUCUUCAGCCUGAAAUUCAAGUGGUUACUUCUUGUAUGUAUAGCAAUCAUCCUAAAUGGAGCGAAUCUUUAUGGCUAUGUAAAGUGUAAAAUGGGAAACGAUCAGAACAUUUCGUCAGCAACUGGUGAUUUUUUUCGGAAACAAGUAUUCCAAAAUGUAGCCUCAAUGAUGUCGAGAAGUCCACCAACUAAUACUCCAGGACAGCCAACGAAUAUGAUAUAGAUUGAAUUUCCGUAUUUACUGUUGGACCGUUUGCAUAUGGUUUCAGGUAUAUGUACAUAAAUAUUGAUCAAUUACCAAUAAACAUUUCAACAGUUGUACGUAAUAUCUGCGUAGGUGAUGAGUAUUCGCCACUCUCAAUUCAUUGCAUGAAUAAAGAUCAGCCGUUGAAUUAACUUUCAAA